CACAACACGAGUGAAACAAACUUCUGGCUACAAUUUCAUCACAUUUAUUUCGGCACCAAACCAAGGUUAAACAUAAGUGUCAGAUGCUCCUGUGGAGACGCUACUGACAUAAAACAUUCAGUUUGCACGUAACAGUCGAUCCUCGCUCACCUGAAUGCGAAUAAUCGCGUCUUCUUCUCCGUCGUAACUAGAAAAAGACUCACUCAACGAGACCGCCAUUUUACCAAGGGGAUUCCCUCGCCUGUGAUUGGACACAACCUACCACGUGAUACAAAUACAAGGGAAAUCCCAAGAUGGAGGGGGAUCAAGACGACCCAGAAUUUCAAAAACCGCCGGCUGAAGUGAAGUAUGAAUACUUGGACCACACUGCAGAUGUCCAGCUUCACUCUUGGGGAGAUGACAUCAAGGAGGCAUUUGAACAGGUUGCCAUGGCGAUGUUUGGUUAUAUGACAGAAAUAGAAUAUGUUGAAAUGCUAGACAAGCAAUCUAUAGAAGCACAAGGUGAAGAUAUAGAAAGCCUGUUGUUUCACUUCUUGGAUGAGUGGCUCUUUCUCUUCUCUGCAGAGCCAUUUUUUAUAGCUAGAAAAAUAAAAAUAACUGAAUUUGACGAAGAAAAUUUUAGGAUAAAAGCAGUCGGGUAUGGAGAAGAGUUUGACCUUGACAAGCAUCCCCAGGGGACAGAGGUCAAGGCCAUCACCUAUAGCAACAUGCAAGUUCACAACACAGAGGAAAAACAUGAAAUAUUUGUCAUCAUAGAUAUCUAAGAGAAUCUUCAGUGUACUACAGUGAGAGUUUACCUGUAGUGAUAUCUUAGUUCACGACACAGAGGAAAAUCAUGAAAUAUUUGUCAUCAUAAAUAUCUACCAUGUAAGAGAAUCUUCAGGGUACUACAGUGAGAAUUUACCUGUAGUGAUAUCUUAGUUCAUGACACAGAGGAAAAUCAUGAAAUAUUUGUCAUCAUAAAUAUCUACCAUGUAAGAGAAUCUUCAGGGUACUACAGUGAGAGUUUACCUGUAGUGUUAUCAUAGUUCAUGACACAGAGGAAAAACAUGAAAUAUUUGUCAUCAUAGAUAUCUAAGAGAAUCUUCAGUGUACUACAGUGAGAGUUUACCUGUAAUGUUAUCAUAGUUCAUGACA